GUCAAUGUCACCUGCAACAUCUUCAUCAACAGCUUUGGAUCCAUCACUGAAACAACUAUGGAUUAUCGGCUAAAUGUAUUUCUACGGCAGCAAUGGAAUGACCCACGGCUGGCAUAUAAAGAGUAUCCAGACGACUCUUUGGACUUGGACCCCUCCAUGUUGGACUCCAUUUGGAAACCUGACCUGUUCUUUGCAAACGAAAAGGGAGCAAACUUUCACGAGGUUACAACAGACAACAAACUGCUUCGGAUCUUCCAGAAUGGAAACGUCCUCUACAGCAUCAGGCUGACACUUACACUCUCCUGCCCUAUGGAUCUGAAAAACUUUCCCAUGGACAGCCAGACGUGUACGAUGCAGCUUGAAAGCUUUGGCUACACCAUGAAUGACCUUAUUUUUGAGUGGCUGGAUGUUGGAGCAGUGCAGGUGGCUGAUGACCUAAUGCUCCCUCAGUUUGUGCUAAAAGAGGAGAAAGGUCUUGGUUACUGCACAAAACACUACAACACAGGUAAAUUUACUUGCAUUGAGGUCAAAUUCUACCUGGAGCGUCAAAUGGGCUACUACCUGAUCCAGAUGUACAUACCAAGCCUGCUCACUGUUAUCCUGUCCUGGGUGUCAUUCUGGAUCAAUAUGGAUGCAGCGCCGGCCAGAGUGGGGCUGGGAAUCACAACCGUCCUCACCAUGACGACACAGAGCUCAGGCUCCAGGGCCUCCCUACCAAAGGUGUCCUACGUCAAAGCCAUAGACAUCUGGAUGGCGGUGUGUCUUCUUUUCGUGUUUGCCGCACUGCUGGAGUAUGCAGCUGUUAACUUUGUUUCACGCCAGCAUAAGGAGUUCUUCAGGCUGAGGAAGAAGCUCAAAGAGCAACAGCGACCAAGAGCUGGGAGCAGUGAUAGUAAGGUGAAGGGAAACAAUGCUGCUCAUGGGACCGUAACCCAGCGGUGCAGUGCCUGUGCCAGGGAAGAGGAGCUGGCACAGCAGGGUUUUCUCUUCCAGAGUAUUGGACUUGCACUAUCAACUGGAAGUGCACCAGAAAUGGAUGCAACACCCGUCUUUGCUGAUCUGCCUCCAGGUUUAGGUUUCUAUGAAAUCCGUCGGCGCUUUGUGGAACGGGCAAAAAGGAUUGACACCAUUUCCCGAGCUGUUUUCCCCAUGAGCUUCCUCAUGUUUAAUGUACUCUACUGGCUCACCUACAAAGUUCUCAGACAUGAGGAUGUUCAAGCCAUACUGUGAGAACACAGAGACUGAGGACCAUAAACACACCAGAUACUUUCAGUUCUGCUCUCUUCACUGAAACAUUUACAGACUCAGAGUCCUCAGCCAAGCCAUACAAGAUGCUUUAUGACUGCAUGUCCGAUGCCACUGGGAAAUUCCAUGACAAGGAAGAGUCCGUCAGCAUCUUUAAAUUUUUAUUACUUCCAAAGAAAUGCACUUUUUAUUAGCACUGAUGCUCUCCACAUUACACAUCAGUUUUCAGUGUAUGUGUACAGUCGGCAACUAUCAUCUCACUUUUAUUGAAACAUUUCUGUACAUGCAAUGACUGUAGCUUCACCAAAUUUUAGACCUCUGUAGGAAACAAGGUCAGUGCUUUUUACUGUGCACUCGUUCGUACAAUUUUCAUAGCUGACAGUGUCCAGAGGUAAAUAUUCAAGGGGUCCUGCUGAGACAAAACAUAUCAGUAAAACCAGGAUUUCAGCAAAAUUCA